AGUAGUGACGUGUCGAUUUUUGCACUAAUCUGAAGUAGUGAUGUUUAGCCUGUUUAGCUCGUGAGGUGAGGAGUGAUUUUAAAACUACAGUACGGUGUUUGUGAAUAAGAAUAAUUUGUGUGUACAGUUUUGUGAAUUUCGUAAAAUUGUGUAUAAAUUUAGAAUGUUAAAUCGUAGACUUAGUUAAUCCAGCCGAAUAUUUCGAAUUUAUUUUCGCCGAACUAUUACAACUAUAGUGAUUAUUGCAACUUUUACAGAAAGAGGAUAGACAGAGUUUUGAAAAUGGUUGGAUACAUAGAAGACUUGGAGCUUAUAAGUGUUGCUGACAUUCUGAAAGAUGUGUCGUUGAACAACAGUUCGAUGUCCUCAACAACCAAUCCAUCAAAUUUGUCACCGAGUGGAAGUCAGCGGUUCAAUCCGGAUUUGCAGGACUACACAAAUAUGCCGGAAUAUGGAAACAAUCAGAGAUUUGAUACUGCUGAAGGCAGCCAGGUGCUGAAAAUCCCAAAUCCAGUCGGCUAUCUUCAAGAGCUAUGCGCCAAAAAAGGUUUUACGCUCCCCGUAUAUGGCGUUCUAAAGCAAGAUGGACCUGCUCAUGAACCGACGUUUUCUACGUUUUGUCGCGUUCAAGACCAUUAUCGUGUCGUGUCAUCAAAAUCGAAGAAGAGGGGGAAGGAAAUGGUAGCGAGAGAAUUGAUUAUGUGUCUGAAAAUGGCUAUCGAUGCACGACCAAAAACUGAAAACGCAACUGUCCCAAAUUUUACGAGUGAAACAAUAUCCGAAGCGCCCAGCCCUCCUAGAAGCACCAACUACGUUGGAUUUCUACAAGAAUAUUGCGUCAGAAAGCAGCUUCCUCCGCCGUAUUAUGGUACAGAGAAAAGCACUGGAACCCCAAAUAAUCCGAGUUUCUACAUAUUUUGUGAAGUGGGAUCGUACAGAGAAGUGGGAAUUGCGAGCAAUAAGAAAGCUGCAAAACAGAUGGCAGCUGAAAAAAUUCUGGAUCUCUUAGACAUGAAAGCGGAAGCUGAUCCUUCUUUGAAAGAAAGUCCGAAUGCCGAAAAUAACGAAACUCUUCAGUCUACGACGAACUUGAACAUAAAUGACAUUCAGGUGCUAAGUGAAUCUGCACUAAAAACUGUUGCCACCAUUCCGAACCCAGUUGGUCACUUGCAGGAACUGUGCGUUAAAUAUCGAUUGAGACCUCCUGCCUAUGAAAUUGUCAAAGUGGACGGACCGCCACAUUUGCCCACAUUUACAACGACGUGUAAAGUUGAGAAUUUAUGUCAGGAAGCUGUAUCGAAUAAUAAAAAGAAGGGCAAAGAGAUUGCCGCAUCGAAAAUUCUUAAUUUGUUGAUAGAUCAUCAUAAGUCGAAGGCACAGUAGAAAGAGAAAGCGAAGAAGAGACAGAUUCAUGAUCCGUUACAUCAAGUGUUUUUAUUCUAGCUCUUCGAUUUGAAUUAAAUUUAAUUUUUUAGCCGAAUAUUUUUUGGAAUUCUUUUUCAAAUUAUUCGAACUUGUGUAUGCUCUGCUUAGGUUAAUAGCAAAACUAAUUUUUAAGACAAAAUUUUACGGAAAGAUAGUCAAAAGCUCUCCGAAUUUAAUUGAUUUUUCUAUAUUUCAAAUGGUACGUGUAAAAAUUGUGUCACAUUUUAGCUGACGAUAUUUAAAAAAAAACUUUUUUAUUGAUAACACUAACACAUCCGUUUAUUGUGUCGAUUUAUUCAAUGCCGACAAAAACAGGCUAUUCAUUCAAAUAUUUACAAAGGCAUAUCUGAGUGUAUCAAGGCUCAACAGUUCCAACUUGCGUAUAAUUCAACUAUUGUGUUACAUCUAAAACACUGGAAAGUUGAUCUUUUAGCGAUUACGACAAAACUUUUCUUAUUAAACAUUUUUUCCCCAUUUUCACUGUGCUAUGAUUACAAAAAAAAAUUAAGGAAAAGAAAAUUGCCGCAUGUUAUUUGUGUAAAAUAUAAAUUCAAAGUAUGGAUAUGAUAUAUGAUGAUAUCUAAGAGAUUGUAAUGUGUAAAAGCAAAAACUUUGUUCAUUAUAAAACUAUGCGCCAACACUAAUGAAAAUUAAAAGGAUUUCGCCUUUUA